AUGUACUAUUCAGUUGAUACAGUUUUAGAAAAAGAGGAUGCAGUCCAUUUCCCAACUGAAUUUCUUAACUCUUUAACACCUCCUGGAGUCCCACCACAUAAACUGAUUUUAAAAAUAGGGGCACCUAUUAUUUUAAUGAGAAAUUUGAGCCCACCCACACUUUGCAACGGUACAAGACUACAAAUCAAAAAAUUAAGAAGUUCAUUACUCGAGUGCAUAAUAUUAACAGGCUGUGGUAAUGGAAAAACUGUUUUAAUACCAAGAAUACCAAUUAUACCCUCAGAUUUACAUUUUAAGUUUAAACGUAUUCAAUUUCCCGUUAAAUUAGCAUUUGCAAUGACUAUAAAUAAAGCACAGGGACAAACACGUUGCUGGAAUUGA